AUGGACGCGAUGGACAUGCUCGAUUUGCUUAGGACGGAGACGCCCGUGACGGCGGUUCCUGCUCCGCCGACGACGACAACAACUCCGACAACAACUGUCACACCUACAAUCACAACCGACACAGCAGCAACAACAACAUUGCGGACACAAGAAUCAGAUGGACGGCCAGUGCCCGAAAGAAAACUCACAAAGCCAGACCGAGCCCUCCCGUCCACUCCCACAGAAACGGACAACAAACUAGCUCAAUCAAUGGCAAACUCUCUCAUCCUCCAGCCCAGCGCCGAGUCGUCCAGCACGUCGAUCUACUCUGACACGCCUAGCGAGCCAGCGCCUGUGCCCCCGGAGCUGGUUGAACUCCCCCCUUCUCAGCCCCCUUCCGCCCGCACCGACGACACCCACCUAACUCCCCUACGCGCGCACUACCUCAAGAAGACGCUCGUUGAGCUCGAGCUCUCGCAGGAGCUCCAGCUGCUCACGACCCCUCCACAUAAUCCGGAAGUCAGCACGCUCUCCUUCCUCGGCUCGCCUUUCGCGCCUGCACCCAAGGGUGCGCAAGUGGAGGACCUCCCGCUGCUGCGGUACAUGUUCCGCCAGUUUGUGCUCACCUUUCCGUUCCUGAGCGCAGCGCCCAAAGACUUCUUUUCCGGCAAGUUGCAGCCAUUCGUUGCCAGUCUUCUGUCGCGCAAUUUGGGAGCCGCGAACCCGCUCCUGGAUACGGAGGACGAUCAGACCGAAGCCCAGUCCCGCCGACGCAUGUUCCAGAAGAUGGAAAAGCAUAUCGGGCUUGUCCUCGGCGCAGCGACAAAGCUUAGCGAACCGGAAGACGUCGUCAGGCUCACGCAGAAAGACCUGGAGAGGCUUGAAGAGCUCGCGAGGAGACGCAAGAGGAGGGUGAGGGAGGAAGACGUGUUUGACGUGAAUAUCGUUAGUGUGCGGAGUGUGAUUGCCAAAGGACGCGUGAGGAGUCGGGCACACGAGGAAUUCGUCGUCCGCACGAGGCGCUCUGAUUUCCCCGACAUAUUCGUCUCCAGGCGAUACGGCGACUUCCGUACUCUGGCAGAAGAGCUGCGCAAGCAGCACCCGAUGGAGAACGUCCGCCCCCCGCCGGGGAAGGAUAAAGCCGCAGCGACGUUUACCCAGGCGGCGAGCUCGAGUAUCCGGAGUAUGUACGGCGGGAACGGGAGCGGGAGCGGGAGCGGGAGUGGGAGUGUGAGUCAGGCAAACUCGAAUUCGGACGAGUCCCUCCCUAAGAGCUUCCCGGGGAGCUUCACACCCACCCCCCAGUCGAGCGGGUACAGCAGCCCUUCAGGCUCGGUAUCGGGGUCGGCGUAUGCUCAGCAGGCGACCUCCCUCUCCCGAGAGAAGAACCGGCUGACAUUGCGUGCUUAUCUACACUCACUACUUGCCAACUCGGCGCUUGCCAGCAGCCCCGUACUCAGGAGCUUCCUCACCGCCAACCCGAUCAAGCUCUCCCCGGAGGAAGAAGUAGACAUGCACCGCCGUGAAGAGGCGGACCGGGUGAGAGAAGAGGGCAGGAAGAGGUUUGCCAAGGAGGUUGCGGUGCGUGUGGAGGGCUUGAGGGGAGCGGUGAGGGAGGUUAAGGGAAACUUGAUGGCAAAAGAUGGCCUCACCCAAAUAUUCUCGACUGUCAAGAUUACUUCGGACAUAAAAAACCUGCCCGCAGACUAUCAAGCCGUCAUCGCGUGGGGCCGGAUCUCCCUCGCAGCCGCGAUCUUCCAGACGUUCGUAGCGUCUGACACUGGGUCGGAGACGCUUGCGAACCUGAAACGCAUCCAUGGGAUGAUGCCGUAUUUUAUGCUCAAGGGCAUCUUACGCAUUAGCAACCCUAUUGCUAUGAUCCGAGGCGUGCUGGACCUCUUCCUUGCGGCGCCAUUUGGCGGGCCCUCCCUCCUCCAGCGGAUGUUCUCGACCUCCCUCUCGGAGGAAGUCAAGGGCUUGCAAGAGGAUAUCCAGGGAGUGAAGGACAAGAUCCAGGAUGACGUCUUAUGCGAGAAAGUCAAGAUAUUUGUUGAUGCGCCUGCGGAGAUCCAGCAGGUUUAUAAGGCCGAUGCUGAGGAAGAAAACAUCGCCCUCCUUGCUGUGAUCUUCCGGUCUCCUGAAGGUCCCCCGUUGGACCGUGAUCAAUUCCAACGAGUUGUGCGCGCUUCCCGUGCCCACGCAACUUACCUUCACCAACGGGCGUCGCUCGACGACUCGGACGACGACACCGGUCCUUCGGAGGACGAAGCGUGGCUAUUUGAAGAUCUUGGUAUCCUGCUCAAGCUCUCUGCGCGACUCAAGGACCGUGAGCAGAUGCUUGCGCUGAUCUUUGAAGGGUCGACCGCGGAGCUGUUGAAGGAUAUUAUCACUAUUUUCUAUAGCCCGCUGGCGCAGGUUUACAAGGCUGCGAGUAUCGCCGAUUCCCUGGGCGAUUUGCAGACUUUUAUCACUGAUCUUAUCAGAACUGUCGAGGCUGUUGAAGAACUGAGGCAGGAAGACCCGCACCGGACGGUACAGACCUUUAUCGACCUCGUCCAGCGCCACGAGCAGUCCUUCUACACGUUUGUCCAUCGGGUGCACUCUAAAGGCGCAGGACUGUUCGAUGGCCUCAUCCGAUGGAUCGAGCUCUUCCUGGAUCUCAUGCGGGAGGGUCUGGGCUCGCCUGUCAGCCUUGAGUUUAUCCUCCCUGCGGCGGACACGGAGCGCGCGGAGAUAUUCCGCGAAGUGGACAAAGUCGCGCAUUAUCAUUACCGGCUCAAGGUCGCUUACGAGGAGAAGCUCCGGCGGAGGUUCAAUAACGGCCGGAACGAUACGGCGACGCAGAAAGAGGAGGAGAUCGCCCGUGACCUCGUAGAUGGUGUCGUACGGGAUCUGAGCUUUGGCGAGCUGGUGAGGGGGGACGCGACUGGGAUCGCUGCGGAGGAGAGCGAUGAUGAAAAGAGCGACGAGUAUGAUUCAGACGAAUCGGACGAGACGACUGAGGAGUCCGAGUCUGAGGUCAGCACCCAGACCCCAUCGGUCGAGGAACGGAAGCCUAUGCACAGGCCAACGCGGAGCGCAACCAUCACCUCGCACUCUUCCCAGCGGACAGCUUCGACCCUUACAAGGCGCGCGACUGUCGGCUCUACACUAAAGAAACCGGCACUGGAAGCACCCCGUUCGUCUUCUGGUAUGGGUCAGCUGCCGAAGCCCAAGCUCCCCAAGCAGGCGGGAAGUGACCUACAGCCACCGGAUCUCAAGCAUAUACCUAUAUUGGUACCAAUCUUUGUAGAGAUUAUACGACCGUCGCUGAUACCUAGAUCUUUAUGAUGUUCUUCCGCAAGUAAUGACCGGCUAUAUGACUCAAGCUGUACACGUAGAUUCCGUAAC